AUGUGCGGCAUCUUUGGGUACGCCAAUUAUGGCCACAACAAGCAAGUCCAGGCCAUCCUGAACACCCUGUUCGACGGACUGCAGCGCCUCGAGUACCGCGGGUAUGACUCGGCCGGCGUUUGCGUGGACGCGCCGGCCGGCGCGCACGGCGACAAGUGCCCCCUGGUGAUCAAGCACCAGGGGAAGAUCUCAGACCUGAGGGCGCGCGCGGCGGAAGUUCUCGCCGAGAACUCUUACAGCGGCAGUGAGGCGUACGACACGCAUGUGGGCAUCGGCCACACCCGCUGGGCGACGCACGGCCCCCCCAGUGCGACCAACAGCCACCCCCACGUGUCUGGCGCCAACGGGGAGUUUGUGGUGGUGCACAACGGCAUCAUCACCAACUUCAACGUGCUCAAGCCCUUCCUGGAGAAGAAUGGCGCCGUGUUUGUGAGCGAGACCGACACCGAGGUGGUGCCCCACCUUUGCGAGUACCUUUGGAAGAAGAAGGGCGGCAACGUCUCCCUGGGGCAGCUGGCGAUGGACGUGUGCGGCAAGCUGGAGGGCGCGUACGCGCUGCUCAUCAAGAGCGCCCGCUACCCCAACGAGCUCGUGGCCUGCAAGCAGGGCAGCCCCCUGGUGUACGGCCUCAAGCGCGGCGACCGCGCCAGCGACGCCGGGGACGCCGCCGCGCGCGACCAGGCCUCGGGCGCGGGCGCCGGCGCCGGCGGCGCCGGCGGCGCGUCGGGGGUGGAGGUGUGGCUCGCGUCUGACAGCGCGGCGCUGCUGACGCACACGCGCGACGUCGUGGUGGGUGGCGGAUUUGGUGGGGGAGACGGGGGGUCGGGGUUGGAUGUUUAG